AUAUGUUACCUCGAAGUGUGUUUACUGAUAAUCAUCAUCGACAUGUAUACUCUACUGUGUCUUGAUAAAAAUCAAUGUACAUACGAAAUUGAAACUCGUCCGGGGAUAUUGUGCCCGGUGGCAGGAGAGGCCUUGAGACGCGUGGGUCUGACACGUCCGCGUGGUCCCAUUGACAGUCAGUCGGCGGCUUUAGUCUUAAGUGUCAGCACGGAUGUGUCCCUGCGUCACCAAUCGGGAAAUGCAUUUUCGCGAGCACCGGUAAUUCGAAAGCGCGAUUAUGCCAUCACGCUACCAUGGAAUAUUUAUCUUGUAUAUCGCUACGAUAGCUGGAGCAUCAUUUCCGCCGGUGGGGAGAUGGUGCUCUAUCUACCGCACGCUAGGCUGCGUUAGCAUGUUAUUCACCUUGCCGGAGAUCACGCACCAAUGGUCGCUCUUAGGGCUGAAUCCCUGGUCGAAUCAUAUAAGGGGUAAACCGACGUCUAAUGAGCCUCUUGAACGUGACCCGACUCGAUCUUCCAGGGUGCUGAACUUCUUUCCCGUUCCGGUCGAGGAAGAGUGCCUGUCCGAGGACAAACGACGUCAGGGAAUAUGCAUGAACACAUAUGAGUGUCGCUUCCAGCACGGACAAUCUCACGGACCGUGCGCUCUCGGUUUCGGCGUGUGCUGCAUAUUCACGGCAAGCUGCGACAAUGAAGUACGGAAUAAUCUGACCUACGUGACCAGUCCUGGUUUUCCCAACCUCAUCGACCGGCCUAUGAACUGCACGGUGGUUAUACGAAAGAUCGAUACGGAGCCAGUCAGCCAGUUGAGGAUCGACUUUCACCAUUUUCACAUUGGUCCGCCAAAUUCCAUGACCGGCGUGUGCGACGAGGAUGUUAUGGAAAUUAGCAAUGGCAAGUCAAAGUUCGAGCUGUGCGGAUGGAACAGCGGGCAGCAUAUAUACGUGGACAUGGGCGAAGGUGACGAACCAGUCAUUCUGCACUUCCGGCUGCCGGGCGGACUGCAGUCACGAAUAUGGGAGAUGCGGGUGACGCAGCUGGGCUUCGAGCAACGCGCGCCAGUAGGAUGUCUCCAAUAUUUUCGCUCGUCCAACGGCAUUCUGAGGACAUUCAAUUACCUGCCGAACGGCAGAUACCUCGCCGAACACGAUUACCUAUUAUGUAUACGUCAGGAGAGAGACAUGUGCGGUAUCUCUUAUCAGCCCUGCACGCAGCACUCUUUUCGGAUAGGUCCCGAUAGGUCUCCAGAUACGUCCAACACGACCAACAAUGCGGUCCCCACGACGGUCGCGCCGAACACCGGAAAUGUCUCGGCUGUCAGUGAGAAUGCCCCUUCUGGAAACAGUUCCGGCACGGACGUCAUCGAGGGAUCUGGAGCGGGAUCACCCGAGCAGGAAAUGGUUUUUAUCUCCAGCGUGAAUUUGGUAACUUCUAUCCACUUGGAAAGACGGUGCAGGGACAGGAUACUUAUUCCUUGCGACUUUGAAGAAUUUAUUACACCGGGAAACAACAUGGCAGGUAUCUGCAAUUUGGAGCGUUGCGGCAGUUCGCUGUGCGGUCCAAGCGAACUCGAUCUGGAGGGUAACUGCCGAGUGGAAACUUGGACUACCCCCUUUCGCAUAAGGGUGGCGUUCGGCCCGGGUAGUAAUAUGAACGGCACAUUGGAAGAGAAUGCCGGCAUGUGUCUCAUGUACCAUCAGUUACCUUGUGUGGCUUGAGCGUUAUAAUUAUCCCACUCUCCGCAAGACGUACAAAGCGCAAAGCGGAACGCUAGACGGCCUAUAAAUGCGGAGACAACGUCACGAACACGAGGAGGAAGCGUCAUCGACUGCAUCUGUACUGUCUGCAACGCCGUUUCUGCGGUAUAUUGUGCAUAUUACGCGACGUCGCCAACGUAAAUAUAGGAAAAUAUUUUCGAAUGGAAUAAAAGGAGGCUUCCGCUCGUUUCGAUCCUGCGCGUUUAUUCGUUCGCUCGUUCGCUCGGCUUACGACGGAUUGAUGGACGCGGGAUUAUAGGAGAGAAAUUAUGGGAUAUAUUGCCAGGUGAAGGUACGGUGCUGUAAAGUCAAUUAAUACCGCACAAAAAAGUCAAAGAGUCAAAUAGUCUUUAUUUACAAAUGAACUAGCUUAAAUCGUAAACGCAGCGCACAACUCUCGAUAUAGUGAUAUAUAUAUACAUAUAUAUAUAUAUAUAUAUAUAUA